GUCUAAAUUUGCGUCGUAUAUGGCUGCACACGGUCACGGUCAGGGCGAGGAGGUGACCAUGAUCGCCUCGUCAGACGUUCGGGUGCGACUGUACCACGCGUUGCUGGACGCCGACCCGAGGCGCGAGGGCGUGGUGCCUGUGGAGGCGUUCAAUGCCGCGCUGGAGGCUGUCGGCCUGCGGUAUGGGACGGAAGAGUGCGACCGGCUGAUGACGCAGGUCAAGCUGGUGUCGGACGAGCGCGGGCAGUUUGUCGACUGCUACCGUUACCUGGAGGAGAUCGAGGGCAUUCUGUCGACGCCUGCGGCGGUGCACCACUCGCUGCGCGGGGCGCGUGUGACGGACAACUUCUCGGUGGUGCAGGAAGAGUACAAGGAGCGGGCCAUCCAGCACCGCGACUACAUCAUGGGCCAGAAGGACCGCAUCUACCGGGCGUUCUGCCAGUUUGAGGCCGGCCUCUGCUCCGAGGCCGAGUUUCUGGACUUUCUUUACGGGUGCGGCGUCGACGACACCCGCGAGCUGCGCAAGAUCCUCAAGGUCAAGCGUACCGAGGGCUACAUCCACUUUUCCGAGCUGAUGAAGGUCUGCACCCUGCCGGGGCGGCACCUGACCCAGACCCAGGCCGAGCUCCCGCAGCCGGAGCCGAUUGUGUGGGAGACGCAGAAGCGUUCGACCGACGUUAUUUCGUGGCGUGGCGCGGCAAACGAGUUGCGGACCGGCAAGCGGCUUGGCGCCAACACGGUCGGCUACGUGCCAGACGUGCCGAAUCCCGAGGCCCUCGCCGCCCGCCCCUCGCGCGCCAUCGACACCGCCGAGUUGACCGCCUUUGAGCGGGUCUCGCAGGAGCGCCUUUACGCCUGCGUCCGUGACUUUAUCCAGGGCGACAUCGAGGCGCCGGCAUUCCGUGCCUUUCUCCACGACAUGCGCAUUCCCAUCAACCGCGACAUGGAGAUCCUCAUCGACCGCCAAUCGACCUCGCAGGGCUCGGUCGCCUUUGGCGAGCUGCUCAAGACCAUGAACAUGGAUCAGAUCUACGGGUUCAAGGCCGUGCCAGCUGUCAACACUUCGUCGGGCGCCGAGCGUGUCCAUGGCGACAUCAUCGGGUGGACAAAGGUCAAGCACGAGGAGGACUUUGCCGUCAAGACCACUCCGGCCAAGCGGUACGUCGACCGCCCCAACUCGGGUAACUUUCUGGUGUGGAACGUCCACAACCCGGGCGCAGCUCCACCGCCGGCUGCUCCCGAGUCGGCCUCGGGCGUGGCACGCCACGGCCCCUCCGGCGACCACGACAAGAUUCUCGAGUGGUCUUCGUGGCGCGACGGUAUUCCGCCGGACCAGCCCGUCAACACCCACCGCUCCGGUGCCACCUCGCGACUCGCCUACGACUCGGGCGACAUCUUCACCUGGUCCUCGCGCCAGACAGAAAACGAGGCCGACUACUGGGUCCAGCGUCGCGGCAAGGCGUCGCCCACACGCAGGCCCGACACCGCCAACCCGCUCGGCUUUGAGACCCACUCGGACAAGCCGCAGCCGCCGCCGUCUGACUGGCGGCAGCAGCUCCUCUCCACCCGCCCGUGGUAA